AACUGAGUUAUAGCUACUACAAACACUACCAUAGCACAUCCACCACCUUCAGCCACACACCACAGCUCUUCUCAUCCCUUUCUUGUACAAGGGUUAAUAUUAUAAAUAUCCUCCUUUUCUCAUUUUUUUAUCCCCUUCCGUCAUCUAUCACGUAGAUCACAAACAUCCACCCUAACCUUCACACUUUCUUCCCGCGCUGCCUUACAGGCUAUCUUUCAGUCCCCUAAACCUUCCCCCUGCUCAUCACGCCUUUAUUUCGGCCUUCCUUUUUUUUUUCUCUACGCGACAAAUAACCAAGCAAACACAUCAUGUCUUCCAGACCGUCUAAUCGUCUCAGCAUCGAAACAAACGCGGCCUCUGCAGCAGCGGCCGCGAGACGAAUGCUGCCAUCACCCAUGUCCUCUAUUAAUUCAAGGGCGCCGUUCCCACUAGAAGAGAUGGUUUCGACUACGAUCCUCUCCCAUCCACCAGCGCUCUCCAUUUCCCCCCUGCCCUACACUGCUAGUGACCAGUACGUGCAACAGCAUCCAUACCAGCAACACGUACCUCCUCAACCACAGCAGAGACAGCGGUACCGCAGCCUCUCAGGAAGCGGGGGACCACAAGCUACCCCUGGAACAUCCCCUUGGGGAGGGGAGCAAGACGUGCAGAACCCCGUUAUGAGCAGGCGGCCAAGCUUGCCAGUGAAUCAACAUCAAAUGUAUCAGCAACAUCGGCAUCAGCACUCACAACAAUACCAGAAUAACUACGCUCAACGUCAAUACCAUAGCGCACACCCAUCUAGUUACUCUCAUCAGCGGGAGCUGCUGAUGUCAAGAGACCAGCAGCAUCAAGAACUGCCAUUGACGCCUUCAACACCGUCAUCUAUCGCGCCAGUGGUGAGGCAUCCCCUCUGGAGGCUGGAGUGCUCUUCAUGCAAUACGACUUUAUGCGAGCAGGCAAUGCAGGGUCACUUGGUAGGAGAUCCCUCCAAAAAGUUAUUUUCAACAAAUUUAGCCACUGGUGUUUUGGGAUUGCCUGAUCGCCCAGUAUCCAUUAUCUGCCCGUGCAAAUUCCAUCUCUUUGCCUGUGCGAGCUGCGGGAGUGUCUGUGGCUACAACUUGAGCCAACCAUGUACAGGCUGCGAGACCAACCGGGGUAAUGGCCACUUCUGGAUCUUUUACGCACACGAGAUCAUCCCAUACUGGCGCACGAUCGGGGACCGCAACAUGUUCUGGGAUGAUUUGCCGCCGUGGAACAACAAGAUAGACGGCAAUGUCGGACGGUGAGAACCGAUUCCGGGAGCUUCCCUUCUCUAGUCCACAGAGCGACUGAUUCGCAUACAAUCGGCCCUCCUUUGCUCCAUUGCUCUAUACGUAUCAUGGGUAAUGAUCACCAUAGCACCUUCUCCUCCUUGAUCUUA